AUGAUCACAGUCAACCCCGAUGGGAAGAUAAUGGUCAGAAGAUGCCUGGUCACCCUGAGACCCUUUCGGCUUUUUGUCCUGGGCAUCGGCUUCUUCUCACUCUGCUUCCUGAUGACGUCUCUGGGGGGCCAGUUCUCAGCCCGGCGCCCGGGGGACUCCCCCUUCACUGUCCGCACAGAAGUGAUGGGUGGGCCGGAGUCCCGUGGUGUCCUCCGCAAGAUGAGUGACCUGUUGGAGCUGAUGGUGAAACGCAUGGACACGCUGGCCAGACUGGAGAACAGCAGUGAGCUGCACCGGGCUGCCGGCGACAGGCACUUCCCUGUGGACAGGCUACCCCCCGGGGCCGGCCUCAUGGAGCGGAUCCAGGCCAUAGCCCAGAACGUCUCGGACAUCGCCGUGAAGGUGGACCAGAUCCUGCGCCACAGCCUGCUCCUGCACAGCAAGGUGUCUGAAGGCCGGCGGGACCAGUGUGAGGCACCCAGUGACCCCAAGUUCCCUGACUGCUCAGGGAAGGUAGAGUGGAUGCGUGCCCGCUGGACCUCUGACCCCUGCUACGCCUUCUUCGGGGUGGACGGCACCGAGUGCUCCUUCCUCAUCUACCUCAGUGAGGUCGAGUGGUUCUGCCCCCCGCUGCCCUGGAGGAACCAGACGGCCACCCAGAGAGCCCGCAAGCCCCUCCCCAAAGUCCAGGCAGUUUUCCGGAGCAAUCUGUCCCACCUCCUGGAGCUGAUGGGCAGCGGGAAGGAGUCUCUAAUCUUCAUGAAGAAACGUACCAAGCGGCUCACGGCCCAGUGGGCACUGGCGGCCCAGCGCCUGGCGCAGAAGCUGGGGGGCGUCCGGAGGGACCAGAAGCAGAUCCUUGUCCACAUCGGCUUCCUGACAGAGGAGUCUGGGGACGUGUUCAGCCCGCGGGUGCUGAAGGGCGGGCCUCUGGGGGAGAUGGUGCAGUGGGCAGACAUCCUGGCUGCUCUCUACGUCCUGGGCCACGGCCUCCGGAUCACAGUGUCCCUGAAGGAGCUGCAGAGUAACUUAGGGGUGCCGCCAGGCCGGGGGAACUGCCCGCUCACCAUGCCCCUGCCUUUCGACCUCAUCUACACCGACUACCACGGCCUGCAGCAGAUGAAGCAGCACAUGGGACUCUCCUUCAAGAAGUACCGGUGCCGCAUCCGGGUCAUCGACACCUUCGGGACAGAACCUGCGUACAACCACGAGGAGUACGCCACGCUGCACGGCUACCGGACAAACUGGGGCUACUGGAACCUCAACCCUAAGCAGUUCAUGACCAUGUUCCCUCACACCCCGGACAACUCCUUCAUGGGCUUCGUGUCCGAGGAGCUCAACGAGACGGAGAAGCGGCUCAUCAAAGGCGGCAAGGCCAGCAACAUGGCCGUGGUGUACGGCAAGGAGGCGAGUAUCUGGAAGCUCCAGGGGAAGGAGAAGUUCCUGAGCAUCCUGAACAAGUACAUGGAGAUCCACGGCACCGUGUACUAUGAGAGCCAGCGGCCCCCCGAAGUCCCGGCCUUCGUGAAGAACCACGGCCUCUUGCCGCAGCCUGAGUUCCAGCAGCUGCUGCGCAAGGCCAAACUCUUCAUAGGCUUUGGCUUCCCCUAUGAGGGCCCUGCCCCGCUGGAGGCCAUCGCCAACGGCUGCGUCUUCCUGCAGUCUCGCUUCAGCCCGCCCCACAGCUCGCUCAACCAUGAGUUCUUCCGGGGCAAACCCACCUCCAGAGAGGUGUUCUCCCAGCAUCCCUACGCAGAGAAGUUCAUUGGCAAGCCCCACGUGUGGACCGUCAACUACAACAACUCAGAGGAGCUUGAAGCGGCCAUCAAGGCCAUCAUGAGAACCCAGGUGGACCCCUACCUGCCCUACGAGUACACGUGUGAGGGGAUGCUGGAGCGGGUCCAUGCCUACAUCCAGCACCAGGACUUCUGUGCAGCCCCAGGCCCUGCCCCCCCAGGGGCCCGAGCCCCGGAGAGCCCCUUCAUCCUGGCCCCCAACGCCACUCACCUCAAGUGGGCCCGCAACGCCAGCUUGGCCCCCGGGGCCUGGCCCCCAGCACACUCCCUCCGGGCCUGGCUGGCCGCCGCUGGGAGGGCCUGCACGGACGCCUGCCUGGACCACGGGCUGAUCUGCGAGCCCUCCUUCUUCCCCUUCCUCAACAGCCAGGACGCCUUCCAGACGCUGCAGGUGCCCUGUGAUGGCACCGAGUCGGAGAUGAACCACCUGUACCCGGCCUUUGCCCAGCCGGGCCAGGAGUGCUUCCUGCAGAAAGAGCCUCUGCUCUUCAGCUGCGCCGGCUCCAGCACCAAGUACCGCCGGCUCUGCCCCUGCCGAGACUUCCGCAAGGGCCAGGUGGCCUUGUGCCAGGACUGUCUGUGA